UUUAAAGGAGACUCCCUGGGAUUCAGGGACAUUGGAACAUAUAACGCUUGCCAAAUGCGGAUUGUUGUUCUAUCAGGAACAUGUGCCAGAAAGCAUUAUGGUUGCUUUCGGUUUCCAGUUGGACAAUCUCUUCGCAGUGAGCAAGGUUAUUCACACGAUACGAAGUAUUACAGACUGGUUGGACGUGGCGGAGGACCGAGCGUUCCAGGUGAUGUCGAUCUAUGAAAUGAGCACACAAAUCCCGGAUAUCCUUGGAACUAUAGAAGAUAACAGAAAGGCAUUAGAAAUAUGCAGCUAUUUGUUGAAACACCUGGGAUCAGUUUAUCAUCGUAUACAGCGAAUCCGAAGACCGGACGUGGUAUAUGCGCGCGUGUUAAUCGACAUGCCUUCAAGCAAGUAUCCUGUGGGAUUGAAGGCAAACCAGUGUUGUAUCAUAAGAAGCAACCGCAAUCCACACUUGUGGUUGCUUGAGGGUUAUCCUCAUGCCGUACCGUCACUGUUUUUGGAGGCAUCUACAGAAUUCGGUGAGCUGCAAAUACUCGAAAGGCUUCGAGGACGUUUCGAUGAGUUCUUAAUCAUGUGCCACGGGAGAUGCCGACGACAGUUAUACGCCAAAUUAAAAAAGCAGUCUAAGUGUUUAAAAAGCCUCACCACUCCGAAUCUCCAGCCUAUGGAUAAGGCCUAUCUGACUGCUUUCCAAUGGGACGGACAUUAUUUCGCACGCUCUCCGUAUCCAACCAAGCGUUGGCGGUGGUUUUACAACUCAAAACUACUAUGUAGGCAACCAACUUCUUUCCUAUGUGCCACAGCGGACGACAUCAUCUCAGCCAGCACCGUUUCGCACAUGAUGGAACGUCUUCGACGCUGGUUGCAUUUCCUACCCCCACCUGCAGACAUAUUAGAAAACGUUAACAAGCACUUUAACGGAAGUUGUAAGAUGCGAUGCUGUAUUGACAGCUUCGAAGUGGAGAAUGCUGAAGUUGAGGAGGUCGUGAAUAGAUGGUGGAACAUUGCUAGUCUCUACGUCCCCAAUGCGAACGCGCUGGACCGAAUUGUGAACGAGGCACGGUUUCUCAAAGUUAGCGCUUUGCUAUUUUCACAUACCCAAACUUUUAUGUUUAGUGACUGUAAAGCAAUCUCGUUGCUUGCUAUACGAUAUCAUUAA